AUGGCCCAGUCAUACGUUCUGAACGAUGUUCAGACACCAUCAACGUCCUCGUCGGCGAAAGAUAGUGGGACGGCGGGACACGAGCACAGAGAGAAUUUGGAUGUUAUCCGAACGAUAUCCAGGGUUCCAGGAAACACUCAUUACUAUGAGAAGGAUGGACUGAGAACCUAUGGCGAUGGCGAAGCCCAUGAUGUAGAGCCACCGAUGACUUUCAAGCGUAUCAUGUCUUUGAUAGCUAUGGCAUUUCUGUGGACUGGCUCCCAAAUACCCUUAUACCUGUUCGGUGGAAUACCUCCUUUGAUCUACCGUGACAUAGGCGGAACCGAUCGCUGGGUGUGGUUCGUACUUGGUAACCUUUUGGCACUAGCAGCAGUCUGUCCCUUCGUGGGUGCCAUAUCAGAUCUCAUCGGUCGAAGAUAUGUAGCUCUUACAGGAGCUGGGUUUAUCGUCCUUGGAAUGAUAGUCUGCUCUACCGCACACAGCAUGAACACCUUCAUCGCUGGAAUGGCACUAGCAGGCGUUGGGGCGGGUAUCAACGAACUCACAGCUCUGGCUGCAACAUCCGAACUUGCACCUACUGCAAAGCGAGGAAAAUAUGUCGCCGUUCUUAUCUUCAGUAUUCUUCCUUUCUGCCCAUCAGUCCUAUGGGCUCAACUCAUCGCCAAGCACUCAUCCUGGCGCUAUGUUGGGCUGCUUUGUGGUGUUUGGAGCGCUAUCGGCUUCGUCAUGACAGCCGUAUUUUACUUCCCACCUCCCCGAGUCAACUCCAAUGGGCUGAGCAACAAGGAAAUCAUCUCUCAGAUUGAUUUCGUGGGCGGACUCCUCAGCGUUUCUGGGAUUAUUCUGUUCGUUGCUGGUUUAUUGUGGGGUGGAUAUCAGUAUACUUGGGAAUCAGCACAUACUCUGGUGCCCUUGCUAUUGGGAGCCGUCUUACUGAUCGCUUUCGGAUUCUGGGAGGUUUACGGAGCAAAAUACCCUAUGUUUCCAUCACGCCUAAAGCGAGAUCCGCGAAUCCUCGCCUUGACACUCGUCAUUACAUUCAUUUCCGGUGCCAACUUCUUCUCCGUUCUCCUCUUUUGGCCAACUCAAGCAUUUAACGUGUACGGUCACGAUGCCAUCGGCGUCGGUCUCCGCGGUCUUCCAAUUGGUUUCGGCAUCCUACUUGGUGCAUGUCUUGUCCUUGUACUUCUGUCGGUUUUCAAAGAGAUCAAAUGGCUUAUGCUUAUCUCUUCAAUCACGAUGACGGCAGGCUGUGGUGCUCUUGCCGCAGCCCGCACCGAUAAUUUACCUGCAGUUUAUGGAAUCCUCUGUGUUGCUGCUCUCGGAAUCGGAGGAAUCGUCGUGCCAGCCUCCAUUGUCACCACAAUUAUCUGUCCAGAUGACUUGAUCGCUACUAUCGCUGCCUUGACCCUCGCAAUCCGUGUCGUCGGCGGUGCCAUCGGCUACACCACUUACUACAACGUGUUGAUCAAGAAACUGACGCCAAUUCUAACGGAGAAGAUGAUCAAAGUAUGUGUCGAGAACCACAUUUUACUUCCAGACACAAUCAGACAAGCGGCCCUUCUCACCGGUGACAGUCUGAUCGAGGAUAUCCUGUACCUGCCAGGUGUAGAUGGAAAUGUCACGAUUUGGAAUUCUAUCGUUAGAGCGGGUCAAGAGUCUUAUGCUGAGGCUUAUCCGUGGGUGUACUAUUGCAGUAUUGCAUUUGGUGGUGUGAGUAUCAUUGCUAGUGCGUUCUUGGGUGACAUCAAGAAGUAUAUGGAUGAUCAUGUAGCGGUUGUUAUGCAUUAA